CAAAAACACAGCAGAGAGAAGGCCGAGACUGUAGGAAGUGGAAAACAGAGUCAAAGUGAGAGACAAGAGAUUACAGUCAAUCAAAAACAAGAUGCAGUUGGAGUAUUUCACCUUAGGGGUGCUUACCUUUCUUAUGACAGGGGCCACAUGUGAGGAAACGGAGGUGUUUGCUGAAGCAGGCUCUCAGGCUGUACUGCCCUGUACAUUCAGCCCUCUGUCCCGCUUCAUCCCCUCCAUUAUAUGGACUAAAGCCAACAAAGGCACUGUUUGGAGAAAAGGAAAGAGCGGUCUGCAGUUCUGGGGCUCGAGCUGGUCGCAGAAAGGCACCCAGCGCGUACGCUGCCCCCACUCCCAGUUUGAAAACGGCGAUUUCAGCCUGCAAAUCAACAACGUGAGGGAGGAGGAUGGAGGAGUCUACUCCUGCAGGGCGGAGCAUGGAGACCGGGUCUCUGAAAAGGUGGUCACGCUCAGGAUCAUUGAAGUGUCCGUCUCGUCGUCGGUUCCCACUUGGGGGAGCUACGCUUCCAUCAGCUGUAACGUGACUCCUUGGCCUCACAGAGCCUCUGUGCAGUGGACGUUGAACAACAUCCCAUUUGUUCCUCAGACUGGAACAGCCUCAAGAAGAGAAACCUCUAAACGUGUCGUGAAGGAAAAGGCAACCGCGAGACUGACGGGGAACUGGACGUGUGUCGUGGGCUACAAGGGCAAAGAGGGGCGAGCUUCGGCAGCUGUGACUGUGAACGGAAUCAUCGAGCCAUCAAACGACAACACUAAAGUGUAUGCUGCGGUGGGAUCUGCGGUCACACUCCCCUGCGUCUUCUCCUCCAGCAUGAUCCCCUCUGGUUCAGUGUGGGAGAAACUGAAACCUGGGUUUCUUAUCAAACCUGCUCCCGGUCGCCUUCCUGCUUCUUUCUCUGCAUCCUCGCCGUCCUCUCCGCUCCCCUCCGAUAAAUCUGCCAGUUUAAGAGAAGUCAGGUUUGAGGACGAGGGCAAGUACAGAUGCUCUGGCGCCAUAAGCGGACAGCGGUUGACUCGACAGAUGCAGCUAGUCGUCGCCAAAAUUGGCAGCAGCAUAACGUCAAAGGGCUCUGUGACGCUGACCUGCCAUCUGACCGACACCAGCGAGGUCACCCACUACGAGUGGGUUCACGUGGCGUACGACCUCAAUGGCAACCGGUCAGUCGGGUCCCUCCAGAAGGGGAAGACUCUCAGUAUAAACAAGGUGUCCGAGGAGAACCGGGGCGACUUGGCAUGUCGCUUCUACGGGAAAGACGGCAUGUUGGGAAAUGUAACGCACCACAUUCCACUGAUGAGCGCUCUGAGUGGACAGAAAUCUCCAGGUGGCUCACACAACACCGCCGUCGUGGUCGGCCUCGGCUUCCUCCUCCUUGUUCUGCUGCUGAUUUUGGCUCAGAUGUACAAGAACCACCAAAGGAGGAAAAGGAUCUUUCAGUAUCCAGCGAUGGAGACGAUCGUUCACAGCGUCUCCAAUGAGCGGGAGGAGAGAGAAAGAAACCACGAGAAGAAGUGACGACGCAUUAAAGUAUCGCCAGACGUCUGAAACACGUUGGGACACUUUUGUAAAUACAUUCAGAGCAGACGUUGUAGCAGAGUUUGAAAUGAAAGGGAUUUAUGUUUUCUAUUAAUCUGUGAAGAUUUGUUUCCAUGUAAAUAUAAAUGUUGUAUAAAUAAAGAUAAUUUAACAGAAA